AUGGUCUAUGUUCUCAUUGGUGAUCAGGCCCGGAGCACGGACAGCAUCGACACCGCAGGAGAGGGACACGUGCGCUCUCUGGGGAACGCCAACAGCAACAUCAAGGGAAAGCCGGCUAAGAGGCUCUCCAUCACGCGGGGCCAUUUCCCCAAGCUGACAGAGUGUGCCCAUUUCCACUAUGAGGCUGUGGACUUUGGACACAUCCAGCUGCAGCUUGGCCCAGAGCAGAAUGAGAACCUCGGCAACUUGGAAGAGGGAGAGCUGCUGUUUGCUGUUCAAGUCACCUGUCAGGGGAAGAGCUGGCAGGUGCACCGCAGCUAUGAGGAAUUCCGCACCCUGGACGCCCACCUGCACUGCUGCAUCUUUGACAGGCGGUUCUCGCAGCUUCCCGAGCUGCCACCCUUCAGCCACAUGCGGGCUAACCCUGAGCUCCUGGUGCCAAUGCUUUCGCAGUACCUGGAGAAGCUAUCAGCCAUUGUGGACAGCAACAUCAACUGUGGCCCAGUCCUCACCUGGAUGGAGAUCGAUAACCAUGGGAACCGGUUGCUGGUGAAUGAGGAAGCUUCGAUCAAUGUUCCUGCCAUUGCAGCUGCUCACGUAGUGAAGCGCUAUAUCGCCCAAGCAUCCGACGAGCUCUCCUUUGAGGUUGGAGACAUCAUCUCUGUGAUCGAUAUGCCACCCAAGGAGGACCGGAGCUGGUGGCGUGGGAAGCAUGGAUUCCAGGUGGGCUUUUUCCCCAGUGAAUGUGUGGAGCUGUUCUCAGAGCGCCCCAGUCCAGGACUCAAAACAGAUGGAGAAGGGCUGAGCUGCGGCAUUGCCAGGCCUCAUGGCCUCCUCUCUCCCACUUCAGUCUCCAAGAAACAUGGCAAGCUCAUUGGGUUUCUUCGCACCUUCAUGAAGUCCAGGCCUAGCAAGCAGCGCCUGAAGCAGCGCGGUAUCCUCCGGGAGAGGGUAUUUGGCUGCGAUUUGGGUGAACAUCUGAAGAACUCUGGCAGUGAUGUCCCACAGGUGCUGCGCUGCUGCUCCGAUUUCAUUGAGAAGCACGGCAUUGUGGAUGGCAUCUACCGCCUCUCCGGGGUCUCCUCCAACAUCCAGCGCUUGCGGCAUGAGUUUGACAGCGAGCGGGUACCUGAGCUGUCCAAAGACGUCUAUCUGCAAGACAUCCACUCGGUCAGUUCUCUCUGCAAACUGUACUUCCGGGAGCUGCCGAACCCACUGCUCACCUACCAGCUCUACAACAAGUUUGCUGAGGCUGUAUCCGUUCCGGGGAAUGAGGAGCGCCUGGUGCGAGUGCACGAUGUCAUUCAGCAGCUGCCUCCGCCGCACUACCGGACCCUGGAAUUCCUGCUGCGGCACCUGGCACGCAUGGCUAUGCACAGUCAAAACACCAGCAUGCACAUCCGCAACUUAGCCAUCGUUUGGGCACCCAACCUGCUGCGGUCAAUGGCUCUGGAAUCUGUUGCUCAGUGCGGAGCCGAUGCCUUCCGGGAGGUCCGUGUUCAAUCCCUUGUGGUCGAAUUCCUCCUCAACAAUGUCCAGGUUCUCUUCAGCGAUACUUUCACCUCAGUCGGCAAGGACAGCGCAGGGCGCUGCUUUCUUCCCCGACCCAAAUCCCAGCUGGUCAGCUGCCCUUCCACCCGGUUGCUGUCCUUGGAAGAAGCACAAGCAAGGACCCAGGCCCUGUGCAAGAUCUCCAAGCCAGAGGCCAAGCAUGGAUCCACUGACCUGCAGGGACAAGGGAAAUUCUCCGCCGGGUUGGGUUCGCCUGACACCAGGCAAAAGGCGGAAAAUAACGGGAGACUGCGGAAGACAUCUGGUCCUAGCUGGAAGGCCUUCUUUGCCAUUGGCAAAGCACCAGUCACAUUCCGCAAGAAGUCGCAUCGCCUUGGAGAGCUUCUGAGGCUUGGGGAAGCCCUGCCAGGGGGCCAGGCGGAGACGGUCACCUUGCGGUCAGCCAAGAGUGAAGAGUCCCUGACAUCACAGGCUGGCAUGACAGGCCUCCCCAAGCUGCCCUGCCUGCGACGCCCGCACUCCAGCAGCGAUGCCUUCCCCACACUCAAGCCGUGCCGCUCCUGCUCCUCUCUGGGCUCCUCCGAGUCAGGCCGGGGUGAAGGCCUGGCUGCCGGGACGGGGGAUGCGGCUGCGCGGCGUCGCUCCUCCUGGCUGGAAGGGGACUCGGAGCUGGACUCGGAGCUGGAGCUGAGCCCCCCCGGCCUCCGGGGCUUGGACUUCGACCCACUGACCUUCCAGUGCAGCCCCCCUGCUCGACAGCCCUCGCUCUCGGACAGCUCUGGCUCGCCGAGCCCCGUGGGGGCCCUCUCGCCGUGCUCUCCCCCCAGCAUCGGCAAGGACACGUCGGAGCCGUUGCCGGUCUCUCUGCCGGACAAGGUGCUGGAAAUGUUCGCUGGCAGCGAGGCCCGGGGGGUGAACGUGCGGGCCUCCCCCCCGCACAUGAUCUCCAUGCUGCUGUGUGCCGCAGGCGGGCAGCUCAGCGACAGCUGUGAACGGGAAGUCCGCUGCAAGAUCACGCAGGUCAAGGGCAGCAUCUCUGCCCACGGUGCAAAAGUGGAAGCUGCACCCACCUCGCCCGGUGCGCUCUCUGUCCUACGGCACAUCCCCCCGCCUCCGCCCCCCAAGAACCCGGCUCGGCUGAUGGCGCUGGCGCUGGCCGAGAGCGCCCACCAGGCGGCCCUGCAGCAGAAGCAACAGGCUGGCCACGGGCGGAAGGAGCCCCGGACGCAUUUCCGACGCUCCCUGUCGCUGGAGUGCAAGGCGGGAGAGUUGCCGAGCGGAGCGCGGGCGCUCUACUCCAUGGUGCGCGCCAGCCCCAAGGCCCCGGGCCCCUUCUCGCUGCAGGGGCAGGCCAGGGGCCGCAGCAUAGGAGGCCACUGCCGUGGCCCCCAGGGAGGGACCCAGGUGCCGCUCUGCCAGGCCUCUCCCUUGGGCAGCUCGGAGUCCUUCUCCCCCUGCCGGAGGGUCCUCGCCGACGUGCCCCAGCGAGAGCCUCAGCCGCACUCCUUCUCCGAGCCCUACCACCUCUCCGCCCCGUCCCCUGCCUCCCCCGCCACCUACGGCUUUCACCACCAGUCGCCUCCGCUCUCGGUCUCCUACCAGCCCUCCCGCCGGCCUCACGACCCCUGCCCGCUCUCCAGCCAGUGCCCCGCCCCGCCCAAGCCCCCUCCGCCACACUUCCCUCUCGUGCCUGGCCACCUGCCCCGCAAAAGCAGGCCGCCUGCCUCCCAGUCCUACCUCCCCGACCAUCCCUUACGGCACCACGGCCGCUUCCCAGCCUCCUCCCAGGCGGGGCUCAACGGGACGCCUCCUCCCCAGCUGGAGCACGAGAACCUCUAUUACGAGAUCGUGGGGGAGCCCCCGGCGUACCCCGGCCUGGCCAGGCCCUGGCCCGCCUGCCCACCCCCGGAGUACCUGGCCACCUUCAACGCUGCCUACGGGGUGUUUGAGCGGCCGUGGCGCCAGCCCGCCCUCCCGCCGGGCCCGUCCGCCCUGCAGCCCAUCCUGAAGACCCCCCGAGCGCACUCCCAGCCGACGCCUCCCGCCGCGCCCCGGCAGGAGCCCAUCUACGUCAACGUGCCCUUCCCGGAGGCCCCCUCGGUCAGCCCCGCUCCCUCCCCGCCGCCCGAAGCGGCGCACCCCCGCAGCCAUUCCGAUCCAGGGGCUGCCCAGCCUGUGCCCCACCACUGCAGGCCUCCGUUGCCCCAGAAGCAGAGGCUCGGCUGGGGAUGCCCGCCCGCCGGGCAGUACCGCCAGCUCGUGGAGGCUUUGCCGUGCAGCCGUGCCCUGCUGCAGCUCUACCGCCCCCCCGCGGCUUGCUGGGGCCGCCCCCCCUACGGCCCCGAGCCCAUCGUCACCUACGACGGACCCGCGGCGCGCCCUGGGAGCGUGGCCGCAGGCCCUGCCUCCUCCCUGCGGAAGCUGGACGAGUCCCCCCCACAGUACGGCAACGUGGAACGGAGGGAGGGGUCCCCGUCCGGGUGCUACCUGGGACCCAGCUGGACCGUGUACACAGAGGGCCAGACACACAGCUACUGCUGAGCGGCCGCGCCGCAAGAGGGGCUCCUCGGGGCAGGCCUCCGGGCGUCUGGGCCCCUCUCUCCGCCUCUGGGGCCGAGGGCGUUCUGCUGUGGUCCUCUUUGCUGUGGAAAACAUGUACACACUGCAGGGAAGGCUCUGCCACACCGGCUGCUGUGCCGGCCGUCUUGAAGACGUCUCCGCAAUUGCUCGAGAGCACACGGAUCUCUGAAGGCCGCUCUGGGGAGCCGCACGGAGUCCAUCACAAGUCGACCGACGUGACCUCACCUGCCGCCCAUCGGACUGCAUCCCUUCUGCCACGCGGAUGCGAGAACUGCUCUGCCGAGUUCAUCGCGCACAAAAUCCCCCGGUUGUCUCGCGCUCCAUGCUGCCCCUGUCCCUCCCUAUCGCCACUUCUGCUCCUCCCCUCCUCCUGCAUCGCCAACAGUGGAUCCCCUGCUCCUCCAAGGAGGGCUUUCCGUUCCAACGGAAUGUGUAAAGUCACGUGGUGGACCCCCCCGCCCCCCGGAUUACAUCACCUGCUAAGGGGAUCAGGCUGCUCCUGCUGGCCGUGCGCUGCAGCGUGUGGAGCCGGCACAGUGGGGCACUGUUGACUCACACUGCGUGUGCGUUGCACCUCCGCCUGACACUGCAGGCUCUGGAAGGGGAAGGCAGGGAGGAAUGGUGCAGAUGGCCACCCCCAAAACAUUUAUUCCUAUGAGUAUUUGCAGAAAAGAUGAGUUCUAACUUUUUAACCGUUGUUUUAACCCAAUUAAAACA